CGUUCUGGCAGACGACACGGACAGAUUGGCCCAGUCGGCAUUGGUCGACGGCGCCGGGCAAAAGGGAAAACAACCGCCGCCUGCGCUACGAGGCAUUUGGGCCAAGAGACUUGUGGCGAGAUGGAGAAUGAGAAAAGGGAGAGUGGACGACGGCGAGGAGAAAGGGAGCAGGAAUGUACAUAUCCGAGGCCGGCUGUGGCAUUGAUUCGUCGCGUUGCGUCGCAGAGGCGAGUGGAAGCGGAGAUUCGCUGUGGCCACUGGUUCAUCGGCGUUGAGUGCAACUUUAAGCCUUUCACGCGCCAAUCAGCGCAGCCGAUGCCAGGCAAGCCAGAGCUGAUUGGCUCCCACCAAGAAGGCCAGAUAACUGAACCACCCUUUCUAGCCAAUAGCAAGGCCAGUUGA